AUGUCUCAGCGCCGCCUUAAGCGCCGCGUACAAGACGUAUCGGAUGACGACGAAUUCGAGGCGCAGUCGCCAGUAAGGCGCCGCGCGCGCAACAGCUCCAUGGACGCGUCCCAGUCCCCAUCACGAGUCAAGGGCAAAGGCCGGGCCAUCGUCCCGGACAGUGACGAAGGCACGGAAAGCGGCGACGACGAGUUUGUCGUGCAACAGGCCUACCGUCCAGAGCUGGAGCGCGGAGAGGACGGCUACGUUGCCGGCUCGAUCGUGCGUGUCAAGAUCACGGGUUUCAUGACCUACGACCACGUCGAGUUCCGGCCUGGUCCUCAUCUCAACAUGAUCCUAGGGCCUAAUGGCACUGGCAAGAGCUCUAUCGCCGCUGCCAUCGCCAUUGGCCUCGGCUUCCACCCAAAGGUGAUGGGCCGCGCACAUGAUGUGCGCUCAUACGUCAAGCAAGGCACAGAGGUCGCCGAGAUUGAAAUUGAGCUCAAGGGCCAUAAACGCAAGGCGAAUCCCGUCAUCUGGCGCCGGUUCGGACGCGACUCGGACAAGUCGGAGUGGAAGCUCAACAGCAAGGCGUCCACGCGCAAGGAAAUUCAGAACCUCAUUCAGAGCUUUGGCGUCCAAGCCGACAACCUCUGCUCCUUCCUCCCCCAGGAUAAGGUCGCCGACUUUGCCAAGAUGAACCCCGUCACUGUGCUCAAGGAGACGAUGCGCGCGGCGGGUGACCCGCAUCUAUCACAGUGGCACGAGGACCUGGUCGCAAACGGCAAGACGGCGCGGGAAGUUGAAACCUCUCUCACUGCGAAGACGCAGAGGCGUGACACGCUGCGACUUCAGGUCGACGAACUGGAACCGGAAGUUCGCAACUACGAGCGACAGCAGGGUUUGAAGAAGCAGCUCCACAUUGCAGAGGUAGAGGCUGCGUCGGUGCUAUGGAAGGACUCCAUGGCCAAGGCCGCGGAACACAAAAAGGCAGCAAACAAGGUCAAGGAGAAGCUAAAGAGCAUGCACCGGCAGCAAGCCCCUCUUCGUGAACUUCAACAGGCACAAGUGCAGAAGGAAAAGAAGGCACAGGGAGUUCGCGCAAGGCUCGAGGACGGCCUUAGGAGAGAAGCAGCGGAUCUCGAGAAGUCUGACCGGUCUCAUCGCAGUGCUAUGCGUCAUGCUGAUGGUCUCGCCGGCGAACUCGAGGCCGUCAACGACAAUGCCAGGGGCAUCCGCGACCAGAUCAGGAACACGGAGAGCUUAAUCCGUAAACAGCAGGAGAUCCUCGAAAGCCCCGACUCGGAUAAGGAAGCGAUUCGAUCACAGCUCGACGUCAAACUCAAGGCCCAACAAAAGGCUGGUAGCGACAAGCGAGCGGCAGACGCACAGAGACAGAAUCAACAUACGGAGCUGGAGCGCAUUCGCAGCGAAUUGAGCGACAUCACCGUCAACAUGAACCUUCUCAGCCAAGAGGAGGCCGAGAACUCCAAUGUCGAGGCUCACCGCCGGCGAGCAGUGUUCAACAGUGACCCUUCCAUCGAGUUCGCCGUGACGUGGAUUGAGAACAACCAAGACAAACUCCGGGACCGCGUGCUCUACCCUCCACUUAUGAUGCGCACUCCGAACGGCGGGGCUGUCAGACUCAACCUUGCUACCAUUGAGGCGGCGAAUCCUGGCCCGCCCCAUGCACCGCCUGACCAAAUGGCAGAUCUCGGACUCGAUGGCUUUGUUGUCGACUUCAUGGAGGCGGAACCUGCCAUGCGCACUUUCCUAUGCCAAGUUGGUCAACUGGAUCGCAUCGGUAUCACUCUGAAGCCACACAACCAACUCAGCCCCGAGCGUCUGCUUCGGGCAAACAUCCUGACCUGGUUCUCAUCAACGCAUUUCAGCCGUGCAGUCCAGUCGCGAUACGGCAAACGUGAUAUGCAAAUCACGACAAACGCAUUACCUGCUGGCCAGCGCUCCUUCCUCGGCAUGACUGUGGAUCAGGAUGCUGUCAAGCGGAUCGCCGACCAAAUGGCCGACCUUCGGCGACGCCAGCGCGCUCUGGAACAACCGCAAGCCAAGGUCAAGCUUGACAUUGAGCAAUCCAACGCAAAGAUCCAGGCGUUCAAGGAUGUCCAAGGUCAAUCUGAAGUCGACAUCCGGAAGCUGCGCGAGGAGCUCAACAAGUCAGACCUGGCUGGACAGAAUCUGGAGCGUUAUCAGAACCGUCUGAAGGACCUUCGUAGCAGACCAACCGCGGAAGCCCAGCGUAAAAGCCUCCGCGACCAGAUCGAAACGCAUGCCAAGAGCGCGUUCGAGGCGUGGAAGGACUACAUGGCUGCAAGUAAUCUGCUAGCUGUCGACGAGGUCUCCAACAAGCGUGAAGGGAGAAUAGAAACGUUGGGCAAAGAACAUGACGAGCACGUGGAGGCACUGAAACGGGCCAAGGACCGCCAGACGUACCUGCUCAACAAUGUGAAACAAAUUCUCGACCAGAUGCCCAACGAAUACCGGGGAGAGGCCCAGGCAGCCGGUGCGAACACGACAAAAUCUGUGGAGGAGGCCAGGGCUGCCGUCCACGACAUCCAGGCGCAGCUCGAGCUAUCUCUCAAUGUUGACGGGAAUACCAUCGAGCGAUAUCACCGUCUUAAGGACGACUUGGAAGCCAAGGAGCACGAUGUUUCGACAACCGAGGCGCAGUUUGAGCAGCUCCGUCACGCAGUCUCCUCUAUCUUGUCCAACUUCAACCCCGCGCUCGAUAGUCUGGUGCAAGAGACGAGUGCAAAGUUUUCGUCGGCAUUCGAGCGUAUCGGUUGUACGGGCGAGGUGCGCGUUAGUCGCGUACCCGGCAACUACGCCGAGUGGGGAAUCGAGAUUCUCGUCAGCUACCGCGACGGGCAGGAUCUCGAGGUUCUGAGGGCCAGCCGCCAGUCUGGAGGAGAACGCUCUCUCGCCACUGUCACAUACUUGAUGAGUCUUUCCGAGAUGGCUCGCACGCCGUUCUCGCUCGUCGACGAAAUCAAUCAGGGAAUGGACGCGCGCGCAGAGCGCAGUGUGCACAACCAGAUGGUCAAGGUGACCUGCACAGGCGGUGACAACACUGGGCAGUAUUUCCUGAUCACGCCCAAGCUCCUCACCGACCUCGACUAUCACGAGAAUAUGCGUGUCCUCACUGUCAGCAACGGGUCGUACCUACCCGACUCGGCAGACAUCAACUUUGGCGCGCUCUCUGCCCGUCUGGCGACCUACAAGCACAACAUGGUCGCGACCAGAUAG